AAAACGCGCUCCACAUUUAACACUUUUAAUAGACUACUUUAACACUUCAAUACUGCACUGUACUUUUAACAGUUUUAUCAUACUUUGAAAACUUUAAUACUUUGAACAUUUUAAUACAUUUAACACAUUUCAACACUUUCAACACAGAGGUUUGCUUUUUUGGAGGACGGCCAGAACUACUGACACGGAGCAGCGGUUCAACCCGGACCGGACACCCCGUUGCACCAGGAGGGAUGUGGCUGCUCGCAGUGUUUGUGCCCCUGAUGCGGGUCUAUUUAUGCGGCGUUAAAGUGCUUAUUUAUCAGCUGUUCAACAGGUCUUUCACGUUACCAGUCCUCCCCCGGCAGAAUGGACGCGUUGCCAUAGUGACCGGGGGGGCCCGCGGCAUGGGCUUUGAGAUCGCGAGACACCUGGCCGGCCUUGGAAUGCACGUUCUGAUAGCGGGGAACAUGGAGUCUGAGGGCCUGGCAGCCGUGGCAACGAUUCACCAGGAGGUCAAAGAGGGGAAAGCUGAGUUCCUGUAUCUGGACAUGGCCUCUCAAAAGUCUGUCCGUCUGUUCGCUCAGCGUUUCAAGGACCGCGGCCUCCCUCUGCACGUCCUGGUCAACAACGCGGGCGUCAUGCUGGUUCCGGAGCUCCAGACGGAGGAAGGGGUGGAGCUUCACUACGGGCUGAACUUCCUGGGGCACUUCCUGCUGACGGGGCUGCUCCUGGAGACGCUGGCCCGCUCCGGGACGCCGGGCCGCUCCGCCCGCGUGGUCAACAUGGCGUCCGCCACUCACUACGGGGGGCGGCUGGACCUCGACAACCUCAACAGCAGGGGGUGCUACAGCGCCCACGGCGCCUACGCCCAGAGCAAGGUGGCCCUGGUGAUGUUCGGCCAGCGGCUGCAGAGGCGUGCGGCGGCCCGCGGCCUCCACGUCACGGCCAACGCCGCCGACCCCGGCAUGGUGGACACGGCGCUCUACGACUUCCUGAGCGCCCCCGCCAAGCUGGCCAAGAGGCCCUUCACCGGGCUGCUGUUCAGGACGCCGGCGGAGGGGGCGUCGACCGCCAUCUACGCUGCGGUCAGCCCUGAGCUGGAGGGCGUGGGGGGGCGGUACCUCUACAACGGCGAGGACCGGCCCGCCGCGGCCUGCACCUACGACCAGGACCUGCAGGGGGCGCUGUGGAGCAGCAGCUGCGCCCUGGCCGGCCUCCAGGACGCCUGAGGGACCCCACCACCUUUGGCCCCUCCCCCACGUCCUUUAAUAAUAAUAAUAAUAAUAAUAAUACAUUUAAUUUAGAGGCGCCUUUGGCCCCUCCCCCACGACCUUUGACCCCCAACGGCCGAUCACCCUCCCACCCGGUGGUAUAAUAUGUCUCCUGUGAGCUCUGAGCCAGAGGCGGGCUGUUAGCUCAUUCGAUGGUCUCGCCGUUUGAUUGCUUUUGAGUCCACUGCCGAGACAGGAAAUACUUCCGCUGUAUAAAUCGAUCCUUCCUCACUUCCGCACAAAAUAAUGUCCUGAGAAAUGGUGUAGGAACCUAUUAUGUUCUUCUUAUAACAUAAGGACAACUUGUAGUGAUGGGGUGACACAAGAACACAGGUCGAAGCGUCGCUCUCCACUGAACUGAAUUAGUCAGGGGAGGACCGUGUUACAGGGGACACUCAACAGGUGCUGUACAACGCCCGCUAAGGCAUAGGAAGUAGAGCGCCCAACCCGUCCGAGCCCGACACUUAAAGUCUAUUUUUUCUCACUAAUGACACGUUUACGUUUGUGUGUAUGAAAGCACGCCUUAAUUAAACAACUGCAAGGCAUUUGGAAAUGUCAACAGAUGAGUUAACAGCGAGCACAGGACCGCGCGCUCGUGACGCAGAAUCAUAACCAACUGAAAUUCACAUAAAAAAAAAAAAACGCACGGUAACGGUAAAUUCCACAAAAUGACACAAGAGGUUCUGAGGUUGAGCGAGCACAGGACCGCGCGCUCGUGACGCUGGAUCAUAACCAACUCAAAUUCACGUUAAAAAAAAAGCGCAUGAUUAAAAAAAAGUGCACGAUAACGGUAAAUUCCACAAAAUGACACAAGCGGUUCUGAAGUUCUGUAGGACAGGUAGCCUAUGACAUUCAAAUGAAGUAAAAUUAAUGUUAACACAAAAGCCACUCCCACGCCAGCUGAGCCCGAGCAUCAUCUCUAAAUGUUCAGAACCUCACUUCUGUGCCAAAAAAAUGGUAAUGUCAAAGUUUGUGAAACACAUCUUAAUCAGCUAGCUAGUUAAAAAGAUUCAGCAGCUAGUUAGCUCAAAUUAUUCAUCAGCUAGUUAGCACCAGUUAUUCAGCAGCUAGCUAGCUGAAAAUCCAGUACUUCAGGGUCCUGAGAAGCAGUUUAACCGCAGUGGUCUUAAAGGGAGAGGGAGCCGUUCCUGUGUGGACAGGUCCUUGAUGGUUCCCAGCAGGUGCAGGUCAGGAAGAGGUCUCCAAGGAACCCAGGAUUAUUGUAGGAAGUUCAGGAGGAAGGGUCAAGGAAGCGUCACUUAAUUUAGCUAAAUUUCUGCUUCCAAAGUGUAGUUUUGAAACAAUCUGGUUGAGUUCUGAUUGUGUCCAUAGGAUAGAGGUUUGAAAAGGUUCACAUUUUUUACUUAGGAGUAUGUGUUUAUCAUCACUGUGAUGCCCUGUUUGAUCACGUUUAUUUCAUUUGGUGGUGUUCACCAAAUAUAUCUUCUGUUAAAUAAUGAAUAAAAUACUUUGAAAUUACACAAAAAAUA